AUGCCGAAGAGCGGGGUGUUUGAAGGGGAUCCGCCGCCGCCGGCGGCGGCGGAGGUGAGAUCGUCGGAGCUGAAGAAAGAGUUGAAGAAACUGGUGUGGGCGAUUGCGGAGGAGGACGAUGUCAAUUUGGCGGCGGUCGACAAGGCACAGCAAUUGCUGUUGGCUCUGAAGGAAUCGAAAUUGAAGAGGGCCGCGGCCGUGAAGAUGCGAAAUCGCCGGUGUAAUUGGGAAAUUGAUUGUUUGGCGGCGCCGGAGGAGUUCAAAUGCCCUCUUUCGAAGGAGCUCAUGAGGGAUCCUGUGAUUAUUGCCACCGGACAGACUUUCGACAGGCCCUUCAUCCAAAAAUGGCUGAAAACCGGGAACAGAACUUGCCCCAAAACCGAGCAAGUCCUCUCACACACCAUUCUCACGCCAAAUCACCUCAUUCGCACCAUAAUCGCACAACACUGCAAAAAAAACGGCAUCACCUUACCCGACCCGAACCAGUACACGAACGAGUACAGCCUAACACAGGCUGAUCAAGACCUUUUCAUAUCCUUGCUCGAGAAAAUGUCUUCUUCAUUACCAUUACCCGAACAGAAAGAGGCCGCAAAACAACUACGCCUCCUCACGAAAAAGAACCCAUCUUUCCGAGCCCUUUUCAGCGAAUACCACGAUUCCAUUCCCAAGCUAUUAUUCCCUCUUUCUCGGGUUCACCCGGACCACAUUCAGGAAGAUGUAAUCACCACCCUCCUCAAUAUCUCGAUCCACGAUAGCAACAAGAAGCUCGUGGCCGAAACACCUCGUGUCAUCGAUAUUUUGAUGAACGCACUCAAAAACUCGGGGACAAUCGAGACACGCUCGAAUGCAGCCGCUGCGAUUUUCGUGCUAUCGGCUCUCGACUCGAAUAAAGCCCUUAUCGGGAAAUCGGGCGCGUUGAAACCUUUAAUCGAUCUUUUGGACGAGGGGCACCCUUUGGCCAUGAAAGACGUGGCCUCGGCUAUCUUCAACUUGUGCGUAAUUCACGAGAAUAAGACGAGGGCCGUUAGUGAAGGGGUAAUUCGGGUAAUUCUUGAAAAGAUUGUGGGAGGGAUAAUUGUGGAUGAGCUGCUGUCGAUUUUAGCCAUGCUCUCGACCAAUCAGAGGGCGGUGGAGGAAAUGGGCGAACUCGGUGGAGUUUCUUGCUUGCUCGGGAUCAUUAGGGAGAGCUCGUGCGCUCGAAACCAGGAGAAUUGUGUGGCGAUUUUGUACACAAUCUGUUAUAAUGAUCGGUCGAAGUUGAAGGAGGUUAAGGAGGAGGAGAAUUUGAACCGGACUAUAUCUCGGCUCGCGAGGAAUGGGAGCUCGAGGGCUAAGAGGAAGGCGAAUGGGAUUCUCGAGAGGCUGAAUAGGGUCGUUAAUCUAACGCACACAGCGUGA